AUGGCGGGACUGGUUGAGCAGGCCUACGAAUUCGCCGACGAAUGCCACCGUGGACAGAAACGCGUGUCCGGCGAACCCUACAUAGCCCACCCUCUACAAACCGCCCUUUUCCUUGUCGACCUCCGUUUGGACGUUAAUACCAUUGUGGCCGCGUUGCUCCACGACGUGGUGGAAGAUUGUGACGUGGCCCUUGAUGAGUUGGCUUCCCGCUUCGGAACAGAAGUAGCCAAGCUGGUCGACGGCGUGACCAAGUUGACCAAGCUGGAUGUGCGUCUCCAACAAUCCGGCAGCGCUGAAAGCUUACGGAAGAUGCUGGUGGCAAUGGCCGAAGACAUCCGCGUGGUGUUAAUCAAACUGGCCGACCGCCUCCAUAACAUGAGGACUCUGGACGUCCUUCCGCCGGAGAAACGUCGCCGCAUCGCCCAGGAAACGCUGGACAUCUACUCCCCCUUGGCCCACCGGUUGGGCAUUUGGGAGAUCAAGUGGCGGCUGGAUGACUUGGCGUUCUUUUAUCUGGACGAAGACCGUUACCACGAGAUCUCCAACAUGUUGGCGGCCAAGCGUGAAGAGCGGGAGACCUACGUAGGACAGGUGGCUUCCCGUCUCCGGGAGGCAAUGAAGGUUUCCAACUUGACCGGAGAGGUUGUCGGAAGGCCCAAGUCGAUCUACAGCACCUACCGGAAGAUGGAGCGGUACGCCGCCCAAGGCAAGGAACUCAGCGACAUAUACGACCUGUACGCGUUGCGAGUGUUGGUAGAUUCCAAGGAUGACUGUUACAAGACCUUGGGGGUAAUUCAUCAGCUGUGGCAUCCCAUUCCGGGGCAGUUCGACGAUUACAUUGCCAACCCCAAGGAAAAUAUGUAUCAAGCGCUGCACACUACCGUGAUAUGCGACGGAGGCAGCCCGCUUGAGGUGCAGAUAAAGACCUACGAACUGCACGAAAUCGCUGAAUAUGGAGUCGCCGCCCACUGGCGCUACAAGGAAGGCCGUGCCAACGACCUGCGAUUUGAAGAAAAAAUGACCUGGUUGCGCCAAGUGCUCGAUUGGCAACGGGAGAUGGCCGCGACCGACGAGUUUAUCGAAUCUGUCAAGCAGGACAUAUUCCAGGACCAAGUGUUCGUUUACACUCCCAAAGGGGCCAUUGUGGAGUUGACCGCCGGGUCGACUCCUAUAGACUUCGGCUACAAGAUUCACACCGAUUUGGGCCAUCGUUGCAUUGGGGCCAAGGUCAACGGUCGGCUGGUGUCCCUGGAUACCAAGCUGCAAAACGGUGACACCGUAGAGGUAUUGGCCUCCAAGUUAGACCGGGGUCCCAGCUUGGACUGGCUUAACCCCAACCGCGGGUAUGUAGGUUCUGCCAGCGCCAGGCAAAAGGUGCGAUUGUGGUUCCGUCGCCAAGCCCGCAGCGCCAAUAUCCAGCGAGGCCGCGAGUUGCUGCGUCGCGAACUCCGGCGGCUUAAUCAACGAUUGGACGACGCGGAAGUCCUGUCAUUGUGCAACUACGACAAUAUGGAAGAGCUCCUGGCUAACUUGGGCUCCGGUGGUAUCACUGAAACCCAGGUUGGAUACCGGCUUGCGCAAGCCCGCCAGGAACCAUUAUCGCCCAUAGUAGGAGGCAAACCCAAGCUGGCCCUGUCCAGCCCGGGGUCCGGCAUCUCCGUAUUGGGUGUAGGGGAUCUUUUGACUCGGAUGGCGCCUUGUUGCAAUCCCAUACCCGGCGACUCGAUUACCGGCUUUGUGACCAGGGCCCGGGGUGUUACGGUCCACAAGCAGGGAUGCUCGAAUUUGGCGAACGAGGACGAACCGGAGCGGAUAGUUCACGUGGACUGGGGAACAACCUACGAACUUUACCCUGUGAGAAUCCGUGUAACGGCCUACGACCGGGUGGGGCUUCUAAGAGACGUUACUUCUGCGGUAUCGGCUGAGGACGUAAACAUCGCUUCGGUGGUCACCAAAGAGCACCCGGACGGCACCGUGACCAUGGAACUUACCAUUUACACCAAGAACCUGGAACAGCUUGGCAGACUUUUCGCCAAACUCGAGGGUGUCAGGAGUAUCAUCGACGUAACCCGGGACCGCUCCACGAUCCCACUCCUUACGCCAAACUAG